UUCAGAUUUUGGAAGUAUGACUGGUUCACUUCAAAAAAAGUUAAAUACACACUGGGCGAGGUCUGUUCCUGAUAAACGACUUGCAAUUCAGUUACUUCGAGUCACUCCAUUUAUUUUUACGGCAAGUCGAUCAACUAUGGGUAGCCUUCUUUGUUGUGACGUAGAGGAGCCUUUCGCUGUACUGUCUACAUCUAAUCAAUAUCCUAGGAUCUAUGAUGGUAACUUAUGGAUUAGCGCAAAAUUCAUGUCCUAUGUACGCGACCCUUUACCCAAGUGCAGGUAUAUCUACAAUAUUUGCUUUUCUGCUAGCACGGGUUUAGUCGCCGUAUACGCGUUAUCGAAACAUGCUUUUGGUUAAUUAGAAUUUUGAGCUAUUCUGUUCAGUACCUUGAAGAGAAGAAGGAGCACUUUGCUUUUAUUGAAUCUUUUUCAAUUAUCCAGGAAUUUCAUACCAAUGCAACAGUUUUCUCUCAGAUGAUUGGAGUGACUGAAGCUAUCGGCAACACUAAUAAAAACCCUAUUCUUCCACGUUUACCAGUGCGGAAAAAAGCCAUAUCCAAAAAGAAACGUGUUGGUGUUAAUAAAAAUAAAUGUGACUUUCUCGGACCAUGCUCUAAUAUACCUCCGACAGAAGAUCCUCCCCAACAAUACCCUCCUUUAAGAACGUCGUUUAUUGUUGAUAGCUUGCCUGGUGUUUUCGCUGUUGACAAACCAACAAAUUAUGUGGUCACCAAUUCCUCAACAGUUAUUGAAAAUAAAGAAAAUAUCCCAAUCACAGAAGCUUCAAUGAUGCAUUCAACCUCACCCUUUUCAAAAGACUCAUCACUUUUCAAGGAUCUCUUCGACAGCAACGACGAUUACUCUAUUGAACUUAAAAAUCUCUCCAAUAAUUUUAUGGCUAGUGAAAUAUUAACGCCUUCUGCCAAAUUAUCUCCAAACAAUAAUACGAAUAUAAUCAGUUCCGCAGUAGCACAUUCUCAGGCGUCAGUUUCCGAGUCUCAAGAUAAUAAAUCAUAUUCACCCAGUACUCAGUAUUUUUCUGUUCAGAAUGCAAGCGAUUUCUCAAAUCUGAAAACUUCGAUUUCUUCAGUUACGGAAAUUAACUCAGAUGGACAGAUAACCGACCCACUGCUUGAAUCAACCUGUGGGUUGUGCAAUAAAACUGAUUUAAAAAAUCACUCCAUUGUUUCUAAUACUGACGAACAAAAUAUGAAUGGUCAAAGUGUUGAUGUAACCAUAAACGCAACAUCGCCGACCCUUCAUAAGGAUCCAUCUAUUGUUAAUUGUGUACGGGACUCAGUUGUUCAGUUCGUUCAAGGAAUAAAGAGGAAAUUUUCGCCGAAGGGGACUUGGGUUAAACCACUAAUGGGUCGUAUUCGGAAGCCGAUUUCUGGGAAUGAACUACAGUCUGAUGCUAAGCGUCCACGAAAAUUCGUUUCAACUGAUUCUCCCACUGCUUUGACAUCUGCCAUUACUGUUUCAUCCCCUAUUAUAUCGAGUAUAUCGUUGACAGAUACUAAUAGUUCACUUGGAAAUCCGGGAUUUUCUUCAUACACACUUAAUAGAUCAAAAUCUUGUAAUCCUGUAAAUACUCCCAGUUCCCUGCCGAUAGUUCGUCUGAGAGAACGACAGCGUAAUCCACUGCAUGAAGUAGUUUCCUCCAGUAAUUGUAGCAUUUUAAAAUCAACCUAUUCCACUGAAUCUCCGUCAUGCUCUGUAACUAAUAGUAUAAACAAACAAAAACCACUGAGUAACUGCGAACAAAGGAUUCUUAAAAGUUACAUUGAUUCAAUUAAUGAAAUUCGCCGAAUUCCAGUGAACGAAGACAAUUUUUCAGAAUUAAGGAAAUGUUUUAACUUGUAAAGAAAAUUAUUUUAUUUUAUAUCCUAAUUGAUAUUCUGUAUAUUUCCUAUUUAUUAUCUCUUCUUUUGAAAAGACCAUUUUUCUACCAGACAUAAAUAUAAAUGAUAACAGUAAUGAUUACUAAAGUAAUUAUCAUUGCUCAGAAGUUUACUUGUGGUCUUUUGUAUUACAAAACUACUAUAUGUAUGAUUGAGGAAUGGUGGUAGUGUUCAGACUAUCUUUUGUAUCUUCUCGUUGUUUUCAUGGUAAUACAUGAAAUCCUCAACACAUAUGGUCA